AUGCCAGAAGUGGGGGUCGCGGCGACAGCGCUAACCGAUGCUGCUGCCGCCGCCAACACCACCGACAGCGCCACCUAUCCAGCGGAAGCAGGCUGCAACGACGACAAGCAAGGGAGCUCUUUGCCAACGGACUCCGAGAUGAAUAGCCCCACCAGGGACCCCAUGUCUGAAGAAGAGGGGCAGCAGGGAGGACAACAACAACAACGGCGCCAUGGCGGAGACGAUGAUGACAGGGGGCAGGAGAAGGGCGGUUCAAACGAGGAGAAGGCAGAAAAAUUGACGGCCGGGCCGAAAGAAGCGGCAGCGGGACCGAAAGAAGCGACGGAGGAACCGAAUAAAGCGACUGAGGAACCGAAAGAUGCGGCUGCGGGAUCGAAAGAAGCGACUGAGGAACCGAAAGAUGCGGCUGAGGAACCGAAAGAUGCGACUGAGGAACCGAAAGAUGCGGCUGAGGGAUCGAAAGAUGCGACUGAGGGAUCGAAAGAUGCGGCUGAGGGAUCGAAAGAUGCGACUGAGGGAUCGAAAGAUGCGGCUGAAGGAUCGAAAGAAGUGAUGGAGGGACCGAAAGAAGCAACUGAGGGACCGCAAGAUGCGGCUGAGGGAUCGACGGAAGCUACCGAGGGACCGCAAGAAGCGACGGAGGGAUCGAAAGAAGGUGCCGAGGGAUUGAAAGAAGCGACGGAGGGAUCCAAACAAGCGUCUGAGGGACCGAAAGAAGCGAGUGGGGGAUCCACAGGGAUGGAGGAACCGAAAGAGGCGACUGAGGGACCGAAAGAAGGCGCCGAGGGACCGAAAGAAGGGGCCGAGGGAUCGAAAGAAGCGACGGAGGGACCAAAAGAAGCGACGGAGGGGUCGAAAGAAGCGACUGAAGGAUCGAAAGAAGCGACUGAGGACCCUAAAGAAGCGACUGCAGGAACGACCGCGCCAGGAACGGAGAUGGAAAUUGACGACCCACCUGCCGCUACCCCUGCCCAAUCAAAGAAACGCCGUCGAGAAGACGGGCCAGAAGAAGACCCUAGCGCAGGGGCAGUUGAGAAGGCCUCAGGAGAGAGCGACGCUAGCAUGGUGAUUGAGGCCGGCGGCGCCGGGGCUCAAGAAAGCGAGCGGGACUCGCGGCGGCCAGGCCCGGACACGCCCAAGCCACUGGAGGACCCGAAGGCGCGCAGCAGCGAAGGAGCGAGGCCGGGACCCGAAGCUGGGAAGGAGACCAAGAGGCAGGCUGCGGAGGGAGAAGACAAGGGAAAGGGGAAGGGCGCGGAGGAAGGGGCGGGAGAAGAGAAACGCACCACCAGCCCGUGUCCGGACCACGCGCUGCCGGUGGCCCGGACGUUCUUUGACUUUGAGGCCGUGAGCGGCUUGGAGAUGAGGAUGCUCCCGGAAUUUUUCACCGGCCGGAGUGCGUCCAAGACGCCGGAGAUGUACAUGCAGUCUCGGAACUACAUGGUGCGGUCGUACCAACGCAUGCUGGAGGUCGACCCGGAUGGGCAGGCGUUUCUGAUGGGGACGGAGUGCCGGCGAAAGCUGGCCGGUGAUGCUUGCUCCAUCUUACGGAUACACGACUUCCUCCACCGUUUCCGCCUCCUCAAUACCCGCACCGUCGGUAAGCGCCCGGCUUCCUACUCCCUAGCGCCCCCCGCCCCGCACCUGUGGAAACACACACCCCGGUCCGCGGGACCCGCUCCUCCCUCCCUGCCGAGCAGCAACAACGACGGGCGGACAGGGCGGCGCUUCUGCUGCUGGUGCUGCUGCUCCAACGACGACAACCGCAGAACGAGGGCUUGGGCGGGGAGAAGGGGGAGGGGAGGCGGGAGCGCGGCGGGCGCCGCAGCGGGCCGACCUGGGCUCCGGGGCCGGCGGCGGCGGCGGCGGCGUCGACGAAAGGGAGUGGCGCCGGGAGGAGCUGGUUCUCCUGAUGGAGGCGGCGGUGGCGAACCCGAACCGGUGGGACGCCGUGGCGCGCCAGGUCGCGGGAGGGCGGACCCCCGCGGAGUGCAUGCAGCGGUUUCUCAGCCUGGCCGUCGAAGAUGUGGUCCAGGGCAACGAGAAGCCUCCGGUGGCCGUGCCGGCGGCGGCUUCCGCUGGGACAGGGGCUACAGUCGAGGAGGCGGCGGGCUCGACGGGGGGGGCGGGCGGCGGGGGGGGCGCUGCUGCUGCUGGCCAGCAGGCCGCAACCGCUGGCGGCUGUAG